AUGUCACACUUAAAUAAGUGGACCGAACACGGCUUUAUCUCCAGUGGGAGGAAGACUGAGCCAGUUCGUUUGGUGCACAGUAAGCUGUAUUUGGACUUCGGAAUCGAGGAUGAUCAUGAAGCAAUUCACACUUACUGUUUAUGGCAAAUAUUGCACACUCACUGUUGCCACCCAAAGUGUUUAUGGCAAUAUUGCACACUCACUGUUGCCACCCAAAGACACGCAUGUCGCAACAAGGCAGCAUCAGAUUUGGCAAAUGUGAGGAGGACAGAGAGUUCGAUGCCAGGCGAUAUGAUAGUGUCACUUCGGAUCCCCACCCUUUCCAUGUGUUUACUAUCCUUGGUCCUACUCAAAGAAAUGGAUGCUGGCCUAUGGAGACAGGCUCAGGUAAUACCAUCAGACGAAGGGGGCCUGGGACCGGUAGUUGCAGAAUUCUUCCCUCAGCGAUUUGGAAAACGUUUCAUCAUGACGGGAAAGGUGAACAGACAAACUUUCAGCGACUCUUCAGACCCCUAAUGUAAUGUUUGUUUCACAAUAAAGCAUUUUCAAAGAUCC